GAUGAAUGACGAUGACCACUGGUGAUGAAAAUUGAAAUUUGAUUUGUCAAAAAACUGAGAAAACGAUCAUAAAAACACGUAGACAAAGUUUAUUAAACUCAACAAUUUUAAGUUUUAAGUUAUAAAAUGCCUCAAAGCGAUAGUGAUGACUUUGAAAGUGCAGAUGAAGGGCAUGUAAGCACUGGAAAAAAAGAUAGGAAGAAACGAAACUCCUCAUCAAACUAUAGUGAUAAUUUAGAAUUGGAUAGUCCUACAUCCAAAACUAAACCCCCAGAUGCAUCUAAAAAUUUGGCAACAGAUGGUUGGGAUGACUUUGAAAUAGAAGACAAUGAAACUGUUGAAAUUUGUGAAGAGCCUAAAGUUUCUAGAACAAAUAAUGAACCUAAACCCAAGCAAGAAAGUUCCCAAGACACCGGCUGGGAUGAUUUUGAUGAUUGGGGACAAAGUGAUUCCAUCAGUACUGAGCCACCUAAACAGCAAAAACCAGACCACAAUAUUCAAACCAUCACCGAUAGGCUGGCCAAUACCACCACUAAGAGUGCUUCAUCAGACAUUCAAGGUGUUACCGACAAGCUGGCCACUAGCACCACUAUGAGUGCUUCACCAGACAUUCAAGGUGCUGACAAGCUGGCCGCUGCACCCACUAAAAGUGACAGCUGGGGUUGGGGCUGGGGUGUCGACACCCUGUUGAGUACAGCUACUGCUGGUAUUAGUAACAUUACAAGUCAAGUAUCGCAGGGCAUAUCAACAGUCCUCGAAACUGGUAUAGGAGCCCCUGACCCAGAGGAGCUUGCUCGUAAAACAGCAAAAAGUAGUGAAGUACCAGCUACAGAGCAGAGUAAGGCAGAAGCUAAAUCUGAAGAUGUGCCUAAUGAUAGUGCGUUUCAGUUUGGUAGUUUGUUGUCAGGAGUUACCAAGUUUGUUGAGACUACUGGGACAAAAGUUAUAGCCGGUGGUCUAGAUACCCUCGAAACGAUAGGCAAAAAGACGAUGGAAGUCCUCCAAGAUGGGGACCCCGGUUUGGCAAAGAAACGGGCCUUACUAGGACUGGAUAAUGACAAGCCGGUAUUAUCGCAGAUAUUGAGAGAGGCAAAGGAAAAAGCGGAGGAGGAGGAUAAAAUUAGGGAAGCGAAAAGAGAAGCAAAAGAAGUGCAUUAUGAAUCGCUGUUUGAUGAUUUUGAAGGUCUAGUACACCUAGAAGCGCUGGAAAUGCUCUCCCGUCAAGUGAACAUGAGGAUAGAGGAACGUCUUCGAAGCGCUGAGCCUGACAAGCGGCAGGAUAUCAAGGAGACAUUGCAGCAGAUUGCUGAGCUCUGCGAGAUGCCAGAAGACGAUGACGACGAUGACGCUGAUGAUGAAGAGCAUCCGCCGGACAUGUCCAAGGAGGAUAUAUUCCACGAGAAACUGCAACGGGCCACAAGGGAUAUUGGACUGAAGAUGCAGUUUCAGCCACUUAUUAAACAGUACACGGACACGCUGGCCGGGUUCGCCACACCCGGCGCCCACCCGCGCGCGGUGUACAAGCGCGCCGUGAGCUGCCUCGCGUGCGGCACCGCGCUGUGCGUGCAGCUCUACCACAAGACGUGCGAGAUGCUGCUGGUGAAGCCGCGCCGCUCUACUGCCGACGAGGCGGACGCGCUCGCGCAAUUGACGGUAGUUCUAACGAAACAUAUAAGUGAAAUGGCGACAUCAUUCACCGAGAAACUCACUCAAUUACCAGAUGAAGAAAAGGAUGUUAUAAACAAUUAUAUCACUAAUAUAUUUUUAGAGGCCGGUAAUAGUUCAAAGUACAUCGAAAAUGCGUUCCAGCUGACCUUGCCCAUCAUUCAAAUAGGCGCAGUUUAAAAUUAGUUUAAACUAUAAAAUAAUAAAUAAAUUAUGACCUCAUGGAUUUCAUUAGAUUCAUCAUAAAUGGAUAUAGGAUCUUUUUAUAAUAGUAUAAAUACACUAUAUUGUAAAUGGCAAAGAACACAAUAAAAAUAUCACAAUAUAUAAAUAUGUACAAAUUGAAGGCCUUAUCGCUUAUUAGCGAUAUCUUCCAAGCAAUCUAGGAUAGAAAAUAUUCGUCUUUCAAUUAAAAAUCAUAAUUGAUAUAUGAUCAGCUUGAUAGUUAAAAACAAUAAUUAUU